AUGAUACAGUCGUCCAGUGUCUUGGUUGAGGUCAUUCCCUACACCGAUGAUGCCAGCAUUAAAUCUAUAUCAGGUGACCUAAACAGUUUGGGUAAUCGACAGGACGAAAUAGAGCGAAAGAAAAAUGAAAUCCUGAUGCUGAAAUCGUGCUUGGCAAUGAAACGUCUCAAAUUGAGCGUUGUGAUCAACGACCUUAAGAACUAUUGCUUUGAACACAUAGAAUCUGAUCAACUUAUCAGUGCACCUAAAGAUGACCCAUUUAAAACCAAAAGAAGAUGCUCGCUCUUUUAA